GGGAAGGUUCCUCUUUCUUUUGUGCAUCACCCAGAGCGCCCGAUGCAGCCCUGCCCUCUCCCCGCCUCCCUUGCAGUCUAGGAUCUCAGUGAAUCCAGAAAAAAAUCCUGCCCUCCGCAGAGUCAGGCUUGGACCCAAGGGAAGCGAGGCUGGGGCAGAUUGGAGCCCCCACUGCCACGUCUCGGCCCCCCUCCUUCCCCGGCACAGGCAGCCAGAGGGACCCAGAGGGUGCUGCAAGUGCGGAGAUUGGAACCAGCCGCACAGAAGGGCAUCUGCAUUGUCCCAUCCUCAGCACCAGCUGGCACUACCUGCCAGUCUCAGCCUUGCCCCCAGCCGGGUCCCCCCCUGCACCAUCCCCCCCGUGAGCAGAGCCUUCCACCUGGGUGCUGUGGAUGCUGCGCAUCUCCCUGGAUUGCUGGGGCUAAUGCUGAGCGCUGACAGGAUGGAGGAGUUUCAAAGUGAAGAAGAGGAGCCCUGGUAUGACCAGCAGGAUCUGGAGCAGGACCUGCACUUGGCGGCCGAACUGGGGAAGACGCUGCUGGAGCGCAACAAAGAGCUGGAAGAUUCGCUGCAGCAGAUGUACACGACCAAUGAGGAGCAAGUGCAAGAGAUAGAGUAUCUGACAAAGCAGCUGGAGAUGUUGCGCCAAAUGAACGAACAGCACGCUAAGGUCUACGAGCAGCUGGACCUGACGGCGCGGGACCUGGAGCUGGCCAACCAGAAGCUUGUGCUGGAGAGCAAGACAUCCCAGCAGAAGAUACAGUGCCUAACAGAAACCAUCGAGGGGCUACAAAACCAGGUGGAGGAGCUGCAAAAGCAAGUGGAGGAGAUGCGGAGUUUGGAGCAACUCCGCAUACGGCGGGAGAAGAGGGAGCGACGUCGAACCAUCCAUACCUUCCCCUGCCUCAAGGAGCUGUGCUCAAGCCCCAGAUAUGAGGAUGCGUUCCAGAUCCACAGCUCUUCAAUGGAGUUCAACCAGAAGCCGCUAGAGCGGGAGAAUGAGCGCCUCCAGGCAAUGGUGAACUCCCUACGGUCCCAGGUCAACCAGGAGAAGCAGCGGAAGGAGAGGGUGGAGCGGGAGUACACAUCCGUCAUCCAGGAGUACUCGGACCUUGAGCAGAGGGUGUGCGAGAUGGAGAGCUGCAAACUGCGCAUCAAGGAGCUGGAGGCCGAGCUCCUGGAGCUGCAGCAGAUGAAACAAGUCAAGAAGUAUCUUCUCAGCAGAGAGGACAACCUGUCCGAGGCCCUUCUGGAACCGUUGAACAAUGCCCCAGAAGCAGACUACAUUGAUCUCUCAGAGGAAGAAGGGGCUAAAAAUCAUGGGCCCUCCAUGACACCUUCUCCAAAUCACCCCGUCCGGAAAAGCUGCAGCGACACCGCCCUCAAUGCCAUCGUGGCCAAGGACGCCGUGAGCCGGCAUGAAGGCAACUACACUCUUCACGCCAACAACGUGCGCAAGCGGGGCAUGUCAAUCCUGAGAGAAGUGGACGAGCAAUACCACGCUCUGCUGGAGAAGUACGAAGAGCUCCUCAGCAAAUGCCGACAGCACAAGGACAGUGUGCGUCACACCGGAGUCCAGACAUCCCGGCCCAUUUCUCGCGACAGCUCCUUCAGGGACUUCCGGGGAGAGGGGCAUGAGCUGGAAGAGCGCAAAACGAUGGAGAAGACCCUCAGCAAACACGUGGAGGCCGUGGACAAGCGGCUGGAACAGACCCAGCCAGAGUACAAGGCCCUUUUCAAGGAGAUCUUUUCACGCAUCCAGAAGACAAAAGCAGACAUCAAUGCCACCAAGGUGAAAAACAAGAACAGCAAAUGAGUCCUGCCUCCGCUGCAUUCCCUCUGUUUCCACAUGUAACUUCAACAGCCAGCCCUUAUCUUCCGCCACACAAAACAUAGUGUGGCCUCUCCCCCUGCCUUGAAGUCUGGAGGCCGGCCACUUACAUGGUCCUCUUGUACUGGAAAGGAGCCUCUUUGGUUCAGGAGUGAGGAAAGUGCCACGGAGACUUGCUUUUUUAAGUUCGUGCCCCAAGUGGAUCCACCUGCCAGGGUUUCCAAACUGGCUGGAAAAGCUGUAUAUUGUAGUUAGAGGUGAUUUCAAAAAGUUUACCAUGAAUUUCUGCAUGUGUUGCUCCAAGCAGCCAGAAAUCAUAAACGAGGGAAAACCAACCAGCUUCCCACCCUUUCAGCUUCCCCAGUAGUCACCAGUCACUGUGUUUGAUUAGCUACAGACAGAAGCUUGGAUGACCAACACUGUCCUGGAAUGGGCUGGGUACAAUGAUACAAAAAAAGCCAUCAACAACUUCCAGGGAGUGCUUUGGAAAAUCCAGCCCAUCUCCUUCACCGAGAUCUGCUGCAAAGCACCCACAGCUGUACUUGAGACUUUAACCUGACCUUUCCAUUCCUUGAAGGGCAGUAUUUUCUUGCUAUUUAAGCCAUUCUCUUAUCAGUCAGGUUUUUCAGCUCUUUACAAUGCAAGCUCAUUGCAACUGGAAAAACUUGAAAUAUAGAACUGAUUGUUCCAUCUUCAUCAGCUUUCACCUGAUAAAUCAGUGCAUAAUCUUAAGACACCAUAAGCAUAUAGAAUUGCCUUCCUUUACACUCGUAUCAACAUUUCAUUCCAGGUAAACCACCGCCUGGUUGAAAGGGAUGACCAGGGCUUUCCCCAAAGCCAAGCAGGAAGUGCUAUUGCUGGGUCUGAGACUUACCCUCAUCUUCUCUAGAUGAGGAGCAUGAGGCUUCUACACCAUGCUAUUCAAGAGGUCUUGCCACCUCUCCUAGCAAGCUCCUAAUGAUAUAACUUGCAUGGGUUUGCAAAAACUGAUUAGCAGUGAUUCACCUGUAGAUAAAAGGAUAACAAAAAACACCAUAAAGGGUUAAGAGCAGUGACUACCGCUAAUAGCAUUGAUCACACUGUCCCACAUCUACUCUCUGUCUGCUCCUGGUUAAGCCAACAGACACGGUGUUUUCUGUGGAAAUAUGACUGAGCUGCCUUCUCCAAAGGCUGUCACCUUCCGUGGCAUUUUCUAUGUUCCAUUUAACUGUCCAGUGUCAGAAUCUCUUCACUCCGUGUACACUCCCAGAGACAUGCACAUAGACACACACACACGCAAAAAGCUUCACCAGUCUCAGGAAUGCCAUUUCUCACAAACCCAAAGUUGGCCUUGCUUGGUCAGACACUAGUACAUGGCAUCUUGCGGAGUUCAUGAAUAUAUGCAGAUAAGCAGCAUUUCUUUCAAACUUAGGCUACAGACCCAGAGCUCUCAGCUACAAGGGAUCAGGGGGUUUUUUUAAGUUACCGAACAGUAUUGUACAUGCACCUGAAGCAGCUUUGGGCUGGAUUCUGACUCCAUUUGCACUUGUGGUAUAUAUCCAAAAGCCUGCCGGGGUUUUUUGGUAUAAAUGAACUCGGAAUCUGUCCUUUCAUUAUUUUCAGUUAUAACUAUAUAUCUAGGUAUAAAUUAUUCAGUUUUCUCUUCCCCUACCCCUUGUGUUCUCCUCCCAAUUCAGGGCCUGACACUGCCAGGACCCAAACACUCACCACCCACAUUGAAAUCAGUAUGUGUCCAGGGUGCUCAGCACUUGGUAAGAUCAGGCCUUUAGUCACCCAUCAAAUGGCUGCCACUGUGCUAGCUUACAGGGGUGUGACCAUCACUACUGCUGCCUCUUAGACUGACCUACCUAGACAUGCCCAGUUCUGGAAAUAUACCCCACUACCAUCCCAUAUCAGAGGCUUCUCUCUUCUAUACUUGACAUAUACAGAUGGCCAGUGGCCCUGAACUCAGAAAUAUUAGGAGCCAUACACAUGACUAUGGCUACCAAUCUGGUAACCGUAUGGAGAACCUUCAUGCCUUAUUUAUUUAUAAUGGAAAGCAGUUGUCUAUUUAAACAACAAAAAAAGUCAAGUAGAUUUUCUCAGAGCGUUCAUCAGUGUUAUUACUGCCGCAGUACCUGGUACAUUGAUUACUAUUGUUCUUUUACUGAAACAUUUAUAGCAGGGGGCUUGUGAACCUAUGUUCUGCUUAUUGUAUCAGAGGGGAGGGGGGAGAAAUCACCACCACUUUCUGUUUCAAAUAUUGUUACGUAGGAACCAACAUCGCAGUUCUAAGUGUACAUCAGAUAAAUAUAUUUAAAAAUGCUUUAUUCUCUUCUUAAAUAAAAGACCCCACCAAUAUUCUGAAAGCUGAA